AUGACAGUCUCCAAGAUCCCCACGGAGCAGUGGGCGGCGGUGGUGGAAAAGACGGGAGGACCUGUCGUGUACAAGCAGAUCCCCGUCCGGCAGCCCGGCCCGGAUGAGGUGCUCAUCAACGUCAAGUUCUCGGGGGUCUGUCACACCGAUCUCCACGCCAUGAUGGGCGACUGGCCGCUGGCCGCCAAGCUGCCCCUCGUGGGAGGCCACGAGGGCGCGGGAGUCGUGGUCGCGCGAGGCGAGCUCGUCAGGGACGUCGAGAUCGGCGACCACGCCGGCAUCAAAUGGCUCAACGGGUCGUGCCUCAACUGCUCCCACUGCAACGUUGCCGACGAGCCGCUCUGCAGCAAGGCCCUGCUGUCCGGGUACACCGUCGACGGCUCGUUCCAGCAAUACGCCGUUGCCAAGGCCGCCCACGUCGCUCGCAUCCCCAAGGAGUGCGACCUCGAGGCGAUUUCUCCCAUCCUGUGCGCCGGCAUCACCGUGUACAAGGGCCUCAGGGAGUCGGGUGCCACGCCGGGCCAGUCUGUUGCCAUUGUCGGCGCGGGCGGCGGCCUGGGCAGCCUGGCCUGCCAGUACGCCAAAGCCAUGGGCCUCCGCGUCGUUGCCGUCGAUGCCGGCCGUGAGAAGAGAGACAUGUGUCUGAGGCUCGGUGCUGACGUGUUUGUUGACUUUGCCACCGCCGAGGACCUCGUUGCAGACGUCAAGGCCGCUAGUGCUGACGGCCUGGGCCCUCAUGCUGUCCUGCUCGUUGCCGUUGCCGAGGAGCCCUUCCAACAGGCUACUCGGUACGUGCGGUCCCGGGGCGUCGUCGUCUGCGUCGGCUUGCCGACCAAUGCCAAGCUCUCUGCGCCCGUCCUUGAUGUGGUCAUUCGCAUGAUAACCAUCAAGGGCAGCUACGUUGGCAACCGAGCCGACACGGCCGAGGCCAUUGAAUUUUACCGCCGGGGCCUCAUCCACACUCCCUUCAAGACCGUGGGUCUCAGCCAGCUGCAAGACGUCUAUGAGUUGAUGAAGGCGGGAAGGAUCGCCGGACGCUAUGUUGUAGACACGAGUAGAUAA